CUCUCUCUCUCUCUCUCUCUCUCUCUCUCUCUCUCUUUGUUUCGCUCUCUACCCUCUACCCUUCUCUUUCUUUCGCUCUCUACCCUUCUCUUUCAUUUCGAUUGAGGCCCUUGCUCGAACCCUAACCUCAAAUUUCUCGGCCAGACACCGACUUUCUCGGAAAAUCACCGAGGAAAUGCAGCACCAGAGGCUGAAGCAGCAGCAGCAACAAGCUCUGAUGCAACAGGCUCUUCUUCAGCAGCAUUCUCUUUACCACCCUGGCCUAUUAGCUCCCCCUCAGAUAGAGCCAAUCCCAAGUGGAAAUCUGCCUCCUGGUUUUGAUCCAAGUACUUGCCGCAGUGUGUAUGUGGGGAACAUACAUACCCAGGUGACUGAACCACUUCUUCAAGAGGUUUUUGCAAGUACCGGUGCUGUUGAAAGCUGCAAACUUAUAAGAAAGGAAAAGUCAUCGUAUGGGUUCAUUCACUAUUUUGAUCGCAGAUCAGCUGCCCUUGCAAUAUUGUCUCUCAAUGGCAGACAUCUGUUUGGGCAGCCUAUCAAAGUAAAUUGGGCAUAUGCUAGUGGUCAAAGGGAGGAUACAUCAGGUCAUUUCAACAUUUUUGUUGGUGAUCUAAGCCCUGAGGUUACUGAUGCUACGUUAUUUGCAUGCUUUUCUGUUUAUCCCAGUUGUUCAGAUGCAAGGGUUAUGUGGGAUCAGAAGACAGGGCGUUCAAGAGGCUUUGGGUUUGUCUCAUUCCGAAACCAACAGGAUGCUCAAAGUGCGAUAAAUGACUUAACUGGUAAGUGGCUUGGAAGUAGACAGAUACGUUGCAACUGGGCAACAAAAGGUGCUGGUUCCAAUGAGGAUAAGCAGAGUUCAGAUGCUAAAAGUGUUGUGGAACUUACAAAUGGCUCAUCAGAAGAUGGGAAGGAGACAACAAACAGUGAGGCUCCGGAGAACAACCCUCAAUAUACUACUGUUUAUGUGGGCAAUCUUGCUCCAGAGGUCACUCAGCUUGAUCUUCAUCGGCAUUUUCAUACUCUUGGUGUUGGGGUGAUCGAGGAGGUUCGGCUCCAGCGUGACAAGGGCUUUGGUUUUGUGAGAUUCAGUACCCAUGCUGAGGCAGCUCUGGCUAUUCAAAUGGGAAAUACUCAGUCAAUUUUGUGUGGUAGACAAAUAAAGUGCUCUUGGGGUAGCAAGCCUACUCCACCAGGGACAAUUUCAAACCCACUCCCUCCACCAGCAGCAGCAGCACCUUUACCAGGCCUCUCUGCAACAGACCUCUUGGCCUAUGAACGGCAACUUGCAAUGAGCAAGAUGGGUGGUGUCCAUGCUCUCAUGCACCCCCAGGGGCAGCAUCCCCUUAAGCAGGCAGCAAUGGGAAUGGGCACUGCUGGAGCAAGCCAAGCUAUAUACGACGGCGGAUUCCAGAAUGUUGCUGCUGCCCAGCAGCUCAUGUACUACCAGUAAUAAUACAUAAGAGUUCUGUUAAAUGUUACAACCUACAUAUAUAUAUAUAUAUUUCCUGCCACUAUGCAGGUGUUAUCUGAGUUAUAAACCCCUUAGGAAGCGUUUUAUUAUUUCCGCCCUUUGAGCGGUGAGCUUGUUACCCUGCCUUAUGUGCUUGCUGUCUCUGGAUAUGUAUCAUGUAUGAUCUCUGUUUUCUAAUGCGUUAUGACGAGUGGUUAUUAUUAUUAGAGGGAGUAGGCUUUUUCAAA